CGCCCUCCCACAGCAGCAGCAGCAGCAUCUUCAGUGUUGAUGUUAUUCAUGGGAGGCGGCAUCGGCUGAAUGAGGCGUUUCCGCGCUCAAAGUGGGCUGGGACUCGAACAUUUCCACUGAGGAGUGAAAUAACCAGAGGGGAAAACCCAUUAGAUCACACCGCUUUAGUCAUAUCGCACACUGAACCGUCUACCUCGAAGCUCGCGGCGUAAUAUGAGCGUCAGGAACUCGGAUGCUCGAUCUCGCGAAAGGUCCUGUAAGAGGAAUCCUCACGUGGACGCGGCUGGAGCAUGAAAACACAUCAGGACCACAGACUCAGGGAAAGCUCCGCUCCUCUGUCUCCUCCUCGUUGACAAUUUGCGGGUGUUUUUAACACUUGGAGUGAAUAUGUACCAGGGACAUUCACAGGAGAAAGACUCUAGGGCGGUUGCUAUUGUGCUGAAGGAGCUACCAAGUAAGGGAUCCUCAGAUGGAAAACCCCUGCUCACCGUGACAAAUAAGUUGUGUAGUGAGCAGCAAGAGAGUCGACCCUUACUGAGCCCUUCUAUCGAUGACUUCCAGAGCGAGAGCAAGACUGAUGGAGCCACACGAGCCGUCACCUCCAACACAGCAGUGUUGUCCACGACACUGGAUCUGGUGGAUCUGAGUGAGCCGUGCGAGAGGAGAUGGAGCUGGGACAGACGGAGUCCUCGAGGAUCUCGCAAAAAUGGCUUCUCCAAGAGCAGCCUGCGCAAGAAGAAGACUGAGGAGACGGAGCUGAUCCAGGUGGAGACCGAGCCGUCAUCGCCCAGCCGCUCCAACCCCGAGAGAGCAUCCUUAGAUUCAGUGAGCAGCUCACCACUGGACAAAUGGGAAGAGGUGAGCCUUCACCCGGACAGUGCCUUGAACGGAGGGCGCAAGUGGAGAUAUGAGAGGAAGAGAUGCACCUCCAACCAUUCAUCCAGUGAACUUUUGUGGUCUGCAGAUUUUAAAACAGACUUCUCGAACAGGCACAGCGCUCUGGAGCUCAGCAUUAGCACAGAAUCAGACCCCGGACCGGCCCCUCAGCGGCAGAAGCCCCAGCUGGGCGGCUCUUUACUGGGAAGACAACAUUCAUUAGAGGAGGAGUUUGUUCGAGCCAAGGCUGCUGUAGAGUCAGACACGGAGUUCUGGGAUAAAAUGCAAGCCGAGUGGGAGGAACUGGCACGGAGGAACUGGCUGGAGGAUGCUGACAGCGAAGGCCUGGUGCCACUCAACUUUUCUCCUACUGAGAAGGGUUACUUCUUCCAUGCUAAUAACCCAUACAAAGACUACAGCAAUGCCUUUGAACAGGGGCAGCAGAAGUGCAGGGAUGGGGAUCUGAACAGUGCUGUUUUACUGCUGGAGGCCGCUAUCUUACAAGACCCUCAGGACUCAGAGGCCUGGCAGGUUUUGGGCACCACACAAGCGGAGAAUGAGAAUGAGCAGGCGGCCAUUGUUUGUCUUCAGAGGUGUUUGGAGCUGCACCCAAACAAUCUGAAGGCCCUGAUGGCCCUGGCGGUGAGCCUGACCAACACCGGGCAGCAGCCGGAGGCAUGUGAGGCUCUCCAUCGCUGGAUCAGAUACAACCCCAGAUACAGCCAUCUGCUCCAGGACCGCAGCCCUCUAGAUGGCUCGCCACUGCCCCGCCGCAGAGGCUCCUCCAUCUCCCGCAUUUCCACACUGGGAUGUUCUCAGCUGGUGGAGGUGUUGGAGCUUUAUCAGGAAGCGGUGCAGCUGAACACUGAAGAGGUGGACCCUGAUCUCCAGACGGGCCUGGGGGUCCUCUUCAACCUCAGCUCAGAGUUUGACAAAGCUGUGAUCGCCUUCAAUGCUGCACUGUCCAUCCGACCUGAGGACUAUCUGCUGUGGAAUCGGCUCGGGGCCACGCUGGCAAAUGGGGACCGCAGUGAAGAAGCGGUGGAGGCCUAUACCAGAGCCCUGGAGCUCCAGCCAGGCUUCAUUCGCUCCAGAUACAACCUCGGCAUCAGCUGCAUCAACCUGGGGGCACAUCGGGAGGCAGUGAGCAACUUCCUGACAGCUCUGCACCAGCAGAGGAAGAGCAGGAGCCACAAGGUGAUGUCGAGCAACAUCUGGGCCGCUCUGCGCAUCGCCCUGUCCCUCAUGGGUCAGCCAGAACUUUUCCAGGCAGCCAGUGUGGGAGACCUGGACCUCUUGAUGAAGGCCUUCAACAUGGACAUGUGAUCGAACCCGGACCUGUGAAAUCUGUCAUUCGCUGACAGCAGACACAAAAGCGAGGCUAGACCGAGUACGGGAUGUCAAUUUGAUAUUCAGAGAGUGCACAUCUAUUUUUGUUGCAUUUAUGGGCAGCCUUUGUCUUCUUCAGAGGCCGCUGAAGAGGGCGUAUGUACAGUGGAGAUCGAAAUUAUAAACACUUGAUUUUCAUUUUUUUUUUAAAUAAUGUAAUUGCAUUAUUUAAAAUUGGGAGGUAUUUGUAUUGUAGCUAUACUUAGCCUGCAGGACAGUUUUACAACACAACUAAACACUUCCAAAAAAAAAUUUGAGUACAGCAAAGGUUGUAGCAUGAAGAAAGAUUACCACCAAAAUUUCUGGAGGUUAAAAUUUCGCCAAGAACUUUCUAGAGAUUUUUAAUAAGGUUUACAUCAGGACUCUGGGUCUGCCAUUUCAUUAUUCAGCUUAAGGAGCUGCUUUACAUGUUUUGCUGUGUGACAGUGCUUUCAUUGUCCUGCAUGAAAAUGCUGUCUGACUGUGUGAUGAACACAGGGAAGAAAACACACUACCCAAGGAG